UAACCAGCGCACGCGAUUCUUGCAACGGACGCCGACACAAACAGCCGCGUGAAAUUAAAUCUCAAAGUCAAGUGCCGGUUGGAAUAUCAGUGAAUUUUGCAAGUGUUUUUAAGUAAAAAUGUUCUGGCAGCUACUGGCUAUUGCUGCUGUGUUCUGGGCGGUAUACUUCAGAUGGCAACGGAGGAGGAUAAGGAAGGUCUGUGAGGAGAUCUCUGCGGGAGCUUUGCAGGAAUUGCCGGUUAUUGGACAUGCACAUUUGUUGGGCGGGAACCAUGAAGAUGUUAUGCAGUUAUUUCAAAAAGCGGGACGAAUCGCCACCUCACAGGGCGGACUCUCCACAUUUUGGCUUGUCCAUAAGCUAUACUUAGUUGUAACUGAUCCAGUGUCCGCUGAAGUUAUUAUGAAGUCAUGUGUUGAGAAGGAUAACUUCACAAUGAAGUUCAUUAGGACAGUUAUAGGAAACGGAAGCAUAUUUGCACCUGUAAGUAUUUGGCGGCCAAGAAGAAAAAUUCUAGCCCCAACAUUCAGCAUGAAGAACCUAAACCAAUUCGUGGAAGUUUUCGAUAAGCAGAGUCAUAUCAUGGCGAAACAGUUGAAGGAAACUGCGUACGAGAAUGUCUCUGUAUGGAAAUAUAUUACUACAUACACCUUCGAUUCUAUAUGCGAAACCGUUAUGGGAGUUCAAUUAGGAUCUCAAUUCGAUACCGACCAACCGUUCCUUAAAUCAUUCGAAAAACUAGCAGACAUGGUGUCGAAGAGAAUCGCCACGCCCUGGCUGCACCCGGACUUCAUAUACAAAUCUAUACCGACUUAUAAGGAAUUCGUGAAACAUAGGAAAGUUUUGUAUGGAUUUAUUAAUGAUCUUAUUCAGAAGAAGAGGACUGAACUGGCAUUAAAUGGAGAAGAUGCGAAUGACAGACGCAGCUUCUUACAAAUGUUGAUCAUGGAGUCCGGCGGCGAGAAGGGAUACACGGACCUGGAACUUUGCGAGGAAACCAUGGUGCUCAUCAUGGCUGGAACGGACACUUCGGCUGUUGGAACAGCGUUCACGACUGUCCUCCUGUCCAGGUUCCAGGAGAUCCAAGCUAAAGUACAUCAAGAACUGCAGGAAGUAUUUGGCGAUUCAGACCGACCGCUGACAGUACAGGAUCUACCGAACCUGAAAUAUUUGGAAGCUGUGCUCAAGGAAUCUCUAAGGAUGUACCCUCCAGUUCCCGUCAUCGUAAGAGAAGUCAACCAUGAUGUCGUCUUGCCGAACGGGACAACCCUUGUUGAAGGCGUCUCAGUGUUCCUAAAUAUCUGGGGCAUCCACCGCAACAAUCACUAUUGGGGAGACGAUGUUGACGUGUUUAGACCAGAGCGGUUCCUCGAGGGUCCUCUGAAGCAUCCCGUGCAGUUCACGCCGUUCAGUCACGCGCCUAGAAACUGCCUUGGUUAUAACUACGCAAUGAUGUCAAUGAAGACAGCUUUAGCUAAUUUACUUAGAAAAUACAAGGUUCUACCGUACAAAGGCCUGGACCAAUCGGAAUAUGACACGCCUUUAAGAGUUAAGUUUGACAUAAUGAUGAAGCCUGUAGAAGAUUACGUUGUUAGAUUAGAGCCUAGAGAAUGUAGUUUAUAGAAAUGAAUGUACGAGUACAAAUUCAGCAAAACACGAAAUACAAUAAACUAUUUAAAGUAUUAAGUUAUACCUAAAUAAAAAUUGGCAUUAAGGCAUGUCUGCCUAUAUCUGUGGUCCACAAGCUUGGCCGCAUUGCCACGCUGAAUAGCUGUGCUGAUCUGUUGAGCAAAGUAGUGACCAGUCCUCUGGUCAGCAAGAACUUUUAUAAAGGUAAUAUUCGGAUUUCAACUGUUGCUGAUUACUUGUAUGACUUUCGCCGCCGCAUUACUGCCGCGACUAUGACAUUCAGUCACUCAAUUUAUCAAGGAAAUUGUCAGAUACAGUGACGGCAACAACGAUACCGCAACAGUAAAACAGUUGUAAUCCAAAUGUCGUUUUUAUCCUCCAAAUAAUUCUUACUGCUGUUGUCUUUAAAUCUACAGCAUAAAGGUGAUAUUGGAAUGGCAAGCACAGCUGCAUUAUUAUACGCGGGGACGCAGUCACUGUUAAUGUCAAAGCCUGUAGAUUACUGCGUUAACAGUGACAGCCCCCGCGUCAACGUCACAGCGGUACGUCGCAAUAGUAAUGCAGCUGCCGUUGCCAUCGGAAACGUACCUUAAGUUAAAAGAGAGAUUUAAGAAAAAUACUGAUAGCAUAAGACUCAUUGAUUGCCUAUUACGUAUGUAAGUAAAUGUAUGUUUAAAGUGUCUAAUGUUUAUUUAUUUUAUAGCGGGGUGAGAUUUGUAAAAUACUAUUAGCAUAAAAUUGUUAAGGUUAAUGUUAGAAUUAAAUAAAAUGUAGUAUUAUUUAA